AUGGAUUGGAAUGGCAAUCUUAGACCGCCCUUCAUCUCUCGACCAACUGAUACUUCUUUGGGCUUCUUCUACAACUAUAAUUAUGACCCUUAUCAAGUCAUAGAGAUGAAGCAUGCGUUGCAGGCACCACAUGCAGCAGUGGUCUCAACCAUGGACAAAACCAUUGGUUACGGGAAUCAAGAUCAGAAGAAGAAACGACUGACAACUGAUCAGUUGGAGUCACUGGAGAGUAGUUUUCAAGAAGAGAUAAAGCUGGACCCUGACAGGAAGAUGAAGCUGGCCAAGGAGCUUGGACUUCAGCCUAGGCAAAUUGCAGUCUGGUUCCAGAAUAGACGGGCCAGGUGGAAAGCCAAGCAGCUGGAGCGCUUGUAUGACACAGUUAAACAGGAACUCGAUGUUGUUUCCAGGGAGAAGCAGAAGCUCCAAGAAGAGGUCGUGGCUUUGAGAGCUAUUCUAAAGGAGCAAGUCGGCAAGAAGCCAGUUUCUACCGGCUAUACAGAAAUGUCUGGGGAAGAAACUGUAGAAAGCACCUCCAUUCCCAGCUCUAGCAAGCCUCGAGGAGUGGGAGGAAACAACCUGCAAACGGCGGAGUGCAGCUAUGUCUUCAACGUCGAUGACUAUAACCCUGUGAUGCCGCCUUACUGGGCUGGUCUACCUUCAUAUCCAUAA